UGCGUGGCCGAAGCAUCCUCGCGCCCCAGACCUCUCCAGGUUCCUGUGUUUAUUUCUCGACGGGACUGUUGAAAGGCACUAAAAUAAACUCCAGUUUAACUCGACUCUCAUAUGCGGUCUCCAAAACCAAGGCGACGCUGCAUUUGUGCUACCAAGUGCCAUGGCUAGAAAGACGGACACCCGCUCAUCUUACUAUGGUGAGCCGCGCAAGUUUGACCCCACCUUCAGAGGGCCUGUUCACAACAGGAGCUGCACUGAUGUGGUUUGCUGUGUUGUCUUCAUCGCUUUCAUCAUCGGCUACAUCGCGCUGGGUACUGUGGCCUGGAUCCAUGGCGACCCCAGGAAGGUCGUCUAUCCAACCGACAGCCGCGGUCAGUUCUGCGGCCAACAGAACACCCCCAAUGCAAACAAAGCCAAAUUAUUCUACUUCAACAUGUUGAAAUGUGCCAACCCUGCAGUUUUGAUUAACCUCCAGUGCCCUACAACCCAGCUCUGUGUCUCCAAGUGCCCUGACAGCUUUUCAACCCUCCUGGAUGCAUGGGGUACCAACAAAUGGGAAUAUUACAAGCAAUUCUGCAAGCCAGGCUUCGAGAUCAGCAGCAAGGUAUCAUUUGUUGUUGUAGUGAUCUCACUUUCUGUGAUUGAGGCCGUUAUCGUGAUAAUACUGAUAUUUCUGAGGAGGAGGCUGCGCAUCGCUAUUGCAUUAAUGAAGGAGGGAAGCAAGUACGUAAUGAACAAAAACCUCUGGCCAUCCACCUACGUCAUGUCCACUCUCUUUUACCCCAUCAUCACCUUUCUCCUCCUGGCCAUCUGCAUCACGUACUGGGCCGUCACAGCAGUCUUCUUAGCAUCAUCUGGUAAUGCAGUCUACAAGGUCACACCUGCUGACGAUAAAUGCAUGUAUGCCAACCUCACAUGCAGCCCAAACACCUUCAGUGAGACCAAUAUUACCAAAGUGUGCCCCGGAGCCCAAUGCAUGUUUGCCUUCUACGGUGGGGAGACCGUGUACCACCGCUACAUCCUGGUGCUCCACCUGUGUAACCUGUUCAUGUUCCUCUGGCUGGUCAACUUCACCAUCGCUCUGGGACAGUGCACCCUGGCCGGGGCCUUCGCGUCCUACUACUGGGCCCUGAAGAAGCCCGACGACAUCCCAGUGAGCCCCCUCUACUCCUCCUUCAGCCGAGCCAUACGCUAUCACACAGGUUCUCUUGCCUUCGGUUCUCUGAUCCUCGCUGUGGUGCAGACGAUCCGGAUGGUUCUCGAGUAUGUGAAUACCAAACUGAAAGGUUCUGAAAACGCAUGUGCUCGAUUCCUGCUUUGCUGUCUCCAAUGCUGCUUCUGGUGCCUGGAGAACUUCAUCAGGUUCAUGAACAGAAAUGCAUACAUCAUGAUAGCAAUAUAUGGAAAGAACUUCUGCACCUCUUCCAAGGAUGCUUUCUUCCUUUUGAUGAGGAACAUUAUUCGGGUGGCUGUCCUGGACAAGGUGACAGACUUUCUGCUUUUCUUGGGAAAACUGCUUAUUUCAGGAAGUGUUGGUGUUCUUGCAUUUUUCUUCUUCACACGUAAAAUACCAGUCAUUCAAGAGGAGGUGCCAUCCCUAAAUUACUACUGGGUCCCCCUUGUGACGGUGAUAUUUGGAUCCUACAUGAUUGCGCAUGGAUUUUUUAAUGUCUAUGCCAUGUGCGUGGACACGUUGUUCCUGUGCUUUUGUGAAGACCUGGAGAGGAAUGAUGGUUCUUCCUUCAGGCCCUACUACAUGUCUCCUGGCCUGCACAAGAUCCUGCGCAAAGGAGAGGAGAGUUCCAAAUCAUGCGCUGCCUCUUGAGCGAUGUGCGGCCAUUUUUACUAAACUGCUGACUCUCACUCACUUCUCCAUAUCUUCUGUAUGUGUGGGGGUCUGGACGUUUGAGAGCAAGUACUGUAGGGCUAAACAUCAAAACUGGAUGCAUCACAGCCUGGUCAGGGAUGGCUUGGACAUGAAAGGACAUGCUUUCGCUUCAGUUCCACCCAGAAAAGGCACGGCGGACUAAAGAAGACCAGUUUACUUCGUCUCUCGAGCCAACUCAGAUACUUGCCUUUUUUUCUGCCACGCCUAUUUUCUUUUUCUUCUCUGUAUUGUCUGCUGACCUCUGCCUUACUGAGAGGGUACAUGUUAACUCGCAGGACUAACGCAUAGGCCGAUAUAAAUCAAAUACGAACAUUUUCCCCCCAAACGAACAUAAGGACCUAGAUGUUGUCUAUAGAGACGAUAGGAGCUAGAUGUACAGAUGCACCUGAUAGACUAUGGCAUAAGGCUUCACCAUGACAACGUGGUGGAGUUCUGGGACACCCUCUUGUCGCACUUUGGUCCUCUAGUGUAAAAUCAUGUUUUGUAUGCACUUUCACAUAUGGGAAAAGAACCAUGUGUUUUAUUUCUUCUGUCAAGCAUGAUUAUGUUGCUGGCUGUGGAUGUUUACCAUUGAUUUUAUAGAUUGCUUUGUUCCACCGUAUUUAUAUAUCACAAAUGCACAGAUCCAAAAAUGGUGUAUAAUUCUGCACUAGGAAAAACAGGUUAUUUUACACCAUUUAAGAAAAAGGUUGCAAUCAUUUCCAAGUUUCCAUUAUGCUCAUAGAUGUACUGUAAACAAGACGGAGACUGUGUGGGAGGUCAAGACUUCAAAAGACAUUCAUGGUUUAAAAAAAUGUAUUUGAACAAAACCUGACAGUUUUCAGGAAGCGUUUGAAUGCAGCCACUAGUUCAUGUGCCUAGUUGGAGAAAAAAAAUGUUCCUCUUAUUCUGUGGUUAUAGACCUAACACAAGGAACCUUUUGCGAUACAGUUUAUAAAAGGAUGUCAAAGCCAUUUUUGGUAACUUUUUUAUUGGUAUGGUUCAGAUGUAUUGCUGUGUUAAUACUAAGUAUAAUACACGCAUCUAUCUGGAGGUUAUUCAGUGGGUUUUUUGUAUAGAAGAAUUUUUUUUAUCAAUGAAAAUGUGAAUACAUUUUUUUGAAUAAAAAUAAAUGGUUUAA